UAUUGCUGUACCUGUAGUGUUACAAUUUAACCCUAAUCCAUGCCUUAACUAGACACGAUAACAAUUCAAAGUGCACUGAUACUUUCAAAAUGGCGAAUGUAAGCACAUUUCGACUUAAAGAACUGAUUGCAGCACCAUUUACUCCCCUUAACCAAGAUGGGGAGAUCAACUAUUCGUUGUUGGCACAAUAUGCCGAUUACAUGGUGAACACAAACUUUACAGGAAUUUUCAUUAAUGGAUCGUUAGCUGAAGGUUUGUCUAUGACGCUUGAUGAAAGAAAGCGUCUAGCUGAAGCAUGGAUGAAAGCGUCUGACGGAAGAUUACAGGUGGUUGUACAUGUCGGCACAAAUUGUAUCAAGGAUGCACAAGAACUGGCUCGUCAUGCAGAAGAAAUUAAAGUGGACGCCAUUGCAGCUUUCUCGCCAUCAUACUAUAAACCAGAAAAUGAAGAGGUAUUGUUAGAAGUGAUGAGUCAAAUAUCGUCUGCAGCACCGAACACGCCCUUCUACUACUACGACAUAAACUUCUGCACAGGCUUAUAUAUAAAUGCUCGGAAGUUUAUGGAAAUGGCAAAGAAGAAAAUUCCAACUUUGAGAGGUCUGAAGAAUUCCUCGCGUGAGUUACCAGACGCCCAUGCUGUGACAAAAGUUGAAGACUGUCAGGUUCUAAUUGGUACAGAUGUGCAAUAUUUAAGUUGUCUUGCUCUGGAAAUGCCCGGUGUUGUGGUAGCGUCGUAUCUUGGUAACGUUUUCUCAGACAUGAGGAAAGCAUUUGACUCUGGAGACGUCACAACAGCACGGAAACUUCAGAAUACUGCCGAGGCUGUCAAUAGCAUCAGGGCAAAAUAUGGAGGGGGAAUCAACGUUGCAAAGUACAUCUUUAAAAUAUUGACGGGAAUGGAUGUGGGUCCGGUACGUCUUCCUCUACGACAGAUGUCGCUAGACCAGUUUGAAAAUAUGAAGAAAGACUUUAAUUCUGCUGACCUAGUUAACAUAUCACAGCCUAGAGAACAGUGAAAUAAUUAUGCAUGUAGUAAUGUUUGAGUUGAGACUAUCCUUUUAUGUUAUAACAUUGUAUUCAGGAAUGAAUAUUGUGACAUGUACUAGUAUUAUAACAGUAUGUAAUAGGCUUAUUUCUAUGUUUAAUUACAUGUACGUAUGUUUCUUGUAAUAAAAUAUAGUAUCCGCCUUUGAUUCAAAUGUGCGGUUAUCCUUGAAAAAUAAAUAGAUAAAAACAAAUAAAAGUAUACAUGUAUUGUUCAUUA